UUCUGGGAGCAGCCCGAACUCCAGCUAUCCCGGGAUGGCUGCCGGGGUGCCUCCCGAUGCUGUGGGUCGGCGGGUCUCGUGUGGCACCGACUAUGGAACUGUGCGCUAUGUGGGCACCGUGUCUCGUACAGCAGGAAUUUGGCUGGGCGUGGAAUGGGAUGAUCCUCAGAGAGGAAAGCAUGAUGGCAGUUACGAAGGAACACAGUAUUUUAAGUGCAGGCAUCCUAGAGGAGGAUCAUUCAUCCGGCCAAACAAGGCAAAUUUUGGAGUAGAUUUUCUUACUGCARUAAAGGACCGGUAUGGAUUGAAUGAUAAGCAAGAUGUUCUGCAUGGGACAGGGAAUACAGUGGUAUUUGGAACGAAGGCUGUGGAAUUUGUUGGCAUGGAUUCUGUUGCAGAACAGCAAAGGCAACUGAACAAACUGGUGGAUAUCUCAGUGCGUGAGUGUGCAGUGAGCCAUGCUGGUCAGGAAGAAGAAAUCAGCAGAACAUGUGCCAAUAUGAGGCAUGUAAACCUAUCAAAAAAUCUGAUAUCAUCUUGGGAGACAGUGAUAACAAUUGCCUCUCAAAUUCAAAAUCUGGAAACACUUAAUGUCAGUGAAAACAAAAUGAGAUUUCCAUCUACAUCAACAUUUAUAUCCAGUGCAUUUUCAAACUUGAAGAUUCUGGCACUUAAUCAAACUCAAAUAACAUGGACAGAGGUUCUUCUUUGUGCUCAAGGAUGGCCAGUGCUUGAAGAGCUGUACCUUUCUUCUAAUAAUAUUACUGUUUUGGAAAGGCCUGACAAUGUCCUGCAGACCCUGAAGUUGUUAGACCUUUCAGACAACCAAUUACUGGAUGGAAAUCAGCUGCAUCUAAUAGCACAGCUCCCCAGAUUAGAACAGCUAAUACUUAGGAACACUGGGAUAUCUUCUAUACACAUUCCUGAUGCUGGAUUUGGAUGCAAGACUAAAAUGUUUCCUUCACUAAGACGCCUUGCAAUAAAUGACAAUAAAAUAUCAGAGUGGUCAUCUAUCAAYGAGCUUGAUAAGCUGCCAAAUUUGCGGGCACUGCAGUGUAACAAUAACCCCUUCAUGGACACAGAGAAGAACCCAGAGACCCUGAAACAGCUCAUUAUUGCCAAGAUAAGUCAGUUGGAGGUUCUGAACAACUGUGAGAUCCUUCCUGCUGAAAGAAGAGGAGCAGAGCUUGAUUAUCGCAAAAUAUUUGGAAAGGACUGGUUAGAAGCUGGUGGGCAUUGGGACCCAGAGAAAAACAAACCAAGUGAAGAAUUUCUUGCUGCCCAUCCCAGAUACCCAGCACUUUGUCUUAAAUAUGGAGCACCUGAAGAAGGAGAACUGAAGGGACAACAGCCUUUGACUCUGAAAAGUCAGCUUCUGACUUUGACAAUUAAGUGUCCUGAGAAACCCGAACAGAAGCCAGUAGAGAAAAAGCUCCCAGAGUCUAUGACUAUUCAGAAGGUCAAAGGACUGCUGUAUCGCCUGUUAAAAAUUCCUGGUUCAGAACUGAAACUGUCCUACGAAAGUUCUAAGCUGGAAGGAAAAGAAGUUGAACUAGACAAUGACUUAAAGCCUUUGCAGUUUUACUCAAUAGAAAGUGGAGACUGUGUGUUAGUACGGUGGUAA